UUAUAAUUAAUUAUUAUUUUUUAUAGUUAAAAAUAAAUUUUAAGUGUGUUUGGAUUUAAAAGUUUGGUCUUAAUAAUAACCAGUUAUUGAUUAAGUCUAUUAAAAAUAAAAAUCAUGACAACAAUGCAGAAAUUAUUCACAGAGGUCUCCCAGCCUGUUGCAACUGGAGGCAACAAAGUCACUAUUGUUGGAGUUGGAGCUGUUGGAAUGGUUUGUGCAUAUGCUCUUCUCACUGAGAGAUUGACAAACGAGUUAGUCCUGAUGGAUAUGGUUAAAGAUAAAUUGCAAGGUGAAAUGUUAGAUUUACAACAUGGUGCAGCAUUUUUAAGAAAUGUUUCAGUUAAAAGUAGCACUGAUGAUUAUUCACUUACAAAGAAUUCACGUAUCGUUAUAAUAACGGCUGGAGCCCGUCAACGCGAAGGUGAAUCUCGGCUUGCUUUGGUUCAACGUAACACAGAUAUUUUUAAAUCAAUCAUACCACAAAUCAUGAAAUACAAUUCAGACACUAUAUUACUGGUGGUCAGUAACCCUGUUGAUAUACUCACAUAUGUUGCAUGGAAGUUGAGUGGAUUGCCUAUACAUAAAGUUAUUGGCUCUGGAACAAAUUUAGAUACAUCACGUUUUAAGUUUUUAAUUUCGGAAAAAUUAAAUAUUGCACCGUCUAGCUGCCAUGGAUGGAUUAUUGGGGAACAUGGUGAUAAUAGCGUUCCAGUAUGGUCCAGCGUAAAUGUAUCAGGUGUAAGAUUGACCGAAAUAAAUCCAAAAAUUGGAACAGCUGAGGAUGAAGAAAAUUGGUUACAGCUUCAUAAAGAAGUGGUUAACAGUGCUUAUACAAUAAUCAAAUUGAAAGGUUAUACAUCAUGGGCUAUUGGUCUUAGCGUUGCUGACAUUUGUCGCGGUCUUAUAAGAAAUAAUAAUAAUCUGUAUGCUGUUUCUACGCUAGUCAAGGGAUUCCAUAAUAUUAAAGAAGAAGUAUUCUUAUCACUGCCAGCCGCUUUGGGUUGUAAUGGUAUCACACAAGUGGUAAAUCAAAAAUUAACACCUAGUGAAGUACAACAAUUACAGGAAUCUGCAAGGGUUAUAGCUGAAGUUCAAAGUGGUCUAAAUUUCGAUUUAAAACAAUAAAAAAAACAAUCAUGAGGUUUGCCUAAUUUAUUAAGAUUUUGAUUUUUAAGUCUCAAAUUGUAAGUAUUCAUCAAAAUCAAGGUAUUGCAAGCUAUUUUGGACAUGGUUGUACUUGAAAGAUGAAUAAAAAAUUGGCAAUUAAGAAAUAAUGGCAACAAU